GGUUUACAGUGUUCCUUCUUACUAUUUCAACUUUAGGACAAUGAUUUCCUAGCACAAAGUUAAAGUUUAAACUCUAUUUCCUUUUCAGCCCCAUCACCCAUGGCACCCUUCUCCAAAGUCCAUCCUUCCAAAUGUAACGACAUAUUUUUAUGUUAGUGCAACACUUGGUUUACGUAACACUAAAUACAAUUACUUUCUUUUCUUGUACAAGAUUUUGUUUUCCCUAGAACAAACAACCACAUGAUCCUUAAAUCUGCUUUGUUUUCUGAGUGUAACUAUGUCGACUUCCCAACUUUAGGUCUAAUAUGUAAAUCUCUUCAUGAGGCUUCAGACAGUUGGAAUUUUGUCAACUCUUUCCCCAGCAGUAUCUCCUAAGGACCCUAAUCUGGACAGGUUGUUUUCUAUGCUCCGAACUGUCAUCCCGGCUCUUCACUGAGACAGUCAUCUUGUUAUUUUCUGUUUCAUACUUGUUGCGUAUCCCAACUUCAUGAUUUCCUUUUUCCUAGUUCAUUCCCUCCUUAACGGAUAACAUCUCCAGGACAUUCCUUGAGAAAGGAGGCAUGAACUUUUGAGAUUUAGCAUGUCUGAAACUUAAAUUCUAUGCAUACUUUUGGUUGACAAUGGCUUGGUAUCAAAGAGUAAACUGUAAUUCUCCUUCAGAAUGCUAAGUAAUACUUUGCUCCCUAAAUUCCAAGGUUGCUACUGAGCAACCUGAAGCUAUUCCGAUUCCAGUGCGGAUCUCUUCUUCCUCGUGUUCUCAAGGUUCACACAAAGAUAGUUUUGACGUCGGUCUGUUGUCACCUCUGUGCCGGCUGCCUGAUAGAAUCUUCCCAUGUGGAAACUCAUAGUCUUAAGUUCUGGAGAACGCUACAAUCCUCUCUUUAUUAAGACUUCCUUCCUUUCUCCAAAUUCUUUCCGGAACUCCUAGACGGGUCCUUCCCUGAGGUUACGGCAACGGCAAGGCGCGUGCGCAGUGUGCGCGGGUGCGCGCGAGUUCACUGCGCCUGCGCACGGCUUCACUGUCGCCCCGCCUUCCGCUCCGCUGCGCCGCGCGGCUGAAUGGCCCGCGGUAUCCGCACCAACCCGCAGGAGCCGGCCGCCGCUCAGCCCCGAGAGGCCCGGUGACGUGCCCUCUUUCGGCUAGAAACCCACCUCCUGGGCCCGCGCGGGAGGAGCGGAGCCUUCGAGGGGAGCGGCGACCCCGCCGAGCCCGGUCUGUUUCCCUGGCGGCGGCGGCUUCUUCCGUGGGACAAUAUGUUCAAGAGAAUGGCCGAAUUUGGGCCUGACUCCGGCGGCAGAGUGAAGAGGCUCUUCAGGCCAAUANNUUAUGGUAAUGUUGCUCGAUAUUUUGGGAAGAAGAGAGAAGAGGAUGGGCACACCCAUCAGUGGACCGUAUAUGUAAAACCAUAUAGAAAUGAGGAUAUGUCAGCAUAUGUGAAAAAAAUCCAAUUUAAAUUACAUGAAAGUUACGGAAAUCCAUUAAGAGUUGUUACUAAGCCUCCAUACGAAAUUACUGAAACAGGAUGGGGUGAAUUUGAAAUAAUCAUCAAAAUAUUUUUCAUUGACCCGAAUGAAAGACCUGUAACCCUAUACCAUUUGUUAAAGCUAUUCCAAUCAGACACCAAUGCAAUGUUGGGCAAAAAGACAGUUGUUUCAGAGUUCUAUGAUGAAAUGAUAUUUCAAGACCCAACGGCAAUGAUGCAACAGUUAUUAACAACGUCACGUCAGCUAACAUUAGGGGCCUAUAAGCAUGAGACAGAAUUUGCAGAACUUGAAGUGAAAACCAGAGAAAAAUUAGAAGCUGCCAAGAAAAAAACAAGCUUUGAAAUUGCAGAGCUUAAGGAGAGGUUAAAAGCAAGUCGUGAAACUAUAAAUUGUUUAAAAAAUGAAAUCAGGAAACUUGAAGAAGACGAUCAGACAAAAGACAUAUAAACAGUUCAGAAGAGAAGUUGGUAGUGUGCUAAUAAGGGGAACUUUAUGGAGAAAUGGGCUUAAUGCAAAUGCUGUGUUUCUUAAAGGAACUGCAUAUGUAGUUGUCAACCAUGGAUUUCUCAGCAAUGGAGUCAAAAUAGUCUGUUCAAUCUUCAAUGGGAAAUAUUUGUGUAAUAAGAACGGAUGCUGUGUAGGCAUUUUACCAGUCCAUCUUAGGAAGAUUCUAUAAUGUGAAGCACAAUUUUUAAAAAUUUUUAUUGUAGUAUAUGAGUAGCCUAUUUUCCUUUUGGCAAGCAUCAAAAUGUCAUUAUCAGUAAAUAACCUGUACAAAUUUUGUAUUUCUGUAAUAGUUAGAAUUAAAGAUAAGAUUCUAAGCAUGUGUAUUUGAUUUCUUCAAAUCCUUAUUUGCCCCUGUUCUACCUCUUUUGUAUAUGCUGUGCCCAAGUACUAAGUAUUUAAUAAACGUUGUUUUUGGACCUGUU